AGGAGGUCAGAAAAGAGAACGGUGAACUCAAAGAAGAACUGAGGAGAGCUAAAGAGACCAUCCAAUCCCUCUCCACCUCUCCAGGAGGUCAACAGGAAACACAGACUCCUUCCCAAAAGUCUGAGAGGAAUGAAGGGAUGGAGAUGAAGACUUUACCAGGGAGGAAGUCUGCUUCUGAGGAGGAGUCUUUACCAGGGAGGAAGUCUGCUCCUGGUAUAGGGAGGAAGUCUGCUCCUGGUUCAGGGAGGAAGUCUGCUCCUGAGGAGGAGUCUUUACCAGGGAGGAAGUCUGCUCCUGGUUCAGGGAGGAAGUCUGCUCCUGAGGAGGAGUCUUUACCAGGGAGGAAGUCUGCUCCUGGUUCAGGGAGGAAGUCUGCUCCUGAGGAGGAGUCUUUACCAGGGAGGAAGUCUGCUCCUGAGGAGGAGAUGAAGUCUUUACCAGGGAGGAAGUCUGCUCCUGAGGAGGAGAUGAAGUCUUUACCAGGGAGGAAGUCUGCUCCUGAGGAGGAGAUGAAGUCUUUACCAGGGAGGAAGUCUGCUCCUGAGGAGGAGUCUUUACCAGGGAGGAAGUCUGCUCCUGAGGAGGAGUCUUUACCAGGGAGGAAGUCUGCUCCUGAGGAGGAGUCUUUACCAGGGAGGAAGUCUGCUCCUGAGGAGGAGUCUUUACCAGGGAGGAAGUCUGCUCCUGAGGAGGAGUCUUUACCAGGGAGGAAGUCUGCUCCUGAGAAGGAGUCUUUACUGAAGGAUGAUCUGGAUGAGCUGGAGAGGGGAGGAAGAGUUACUACAGAAUUUAACUCUAUGCUAUAGGGUUACUAUAGAGACCUGUCCCACCUAACAAUGCUGUGUUACUAUAGAGAGACUAUAACUAUAGAGAGACUAUAACUUUCUAUAGAGACCUGUCCCACCUAACAAAGCUGAGUUUCUGAGUAUAUAACUGAGUGAUAUGAAUCUUGGUAAGACAAAGUCAUUUGAUAAACGUGUUAGUCAGUACUCUAUAAUCCACUUCCAGUAGUUAGUUCUCUACUUUUUGAAGUUUUACUAACCAUGUUUGUAUUAUGGGUUUAUAUCCAUUUCCUGGUUAUUCUAUAUAUGUUUUCCCCAUAAACAAUGUCUUUCUAAUCCCCCUCAGGAAUUGAUAGAGUUGAAUGGAAUGAUGGACUAAUGUCUCCUGUUAGAAUCUGUUACAGACCCUCUUACGUCUAGUACCUGAUAAUCAGGUAUAUCAACCAGACCACAGGACUAAUGUCUCAUGGUAGAAUCUCUUACACACGGUUUCCAUGGUAUCAAAUACAUCAAACAUGUGGUUUCCAUGGUUUCCAUGUUUGAUGCCGUUCCAUUGGCUCCGUUCCAGCCGUUAUAAUGAGCCGUCGUCCCCUCAGCAGCCUCCUGUGAACAAGACUGAUAAAACCAUUUGUUUAUUUUUGUUUUAGCUUCCUGUCAGCUUCUAUCGUAGCUUCAACUUGUCAGCUUCUAUCGUAGCUUCAACCUGUCAGCUUCUAUCGUAGCUUCAACCUGUCAGCUUCUAUCGUAGCUUCAACCUGUCAGCUUCUAUCGUAGCUUCAACAUUUCAGCUUCUAUUGUAGCUUCAACAUGUCAAUGUGACAGUUUUUUAUUUGACGUUGUGAAGUGUUUUUUAUUAUUCACCUUGAGAAUAUAGUUAUUGAAAUCCUUGCUAAAGAUUAGCAAUAAUAAAUAAAUAAACUGCUGACCUAUUGUAUGCUCAAAUUAAAUUGUAAAUUAUAUUAUUUUAAAAUAAUAUAAUUGCUCAGAGAGAUAUAUUUGUUUGUAAUGUAUUUUGUUGUAAAAAGUUAGGGGUCAAAAUGAUUGACGGCCCAAAAUCUACAGGAGUGUGAUGAUGUCAUUGUUAUGAAUAUAGAACCAGAUACUGACCUUCUGACUAGUUUAUUAGACUCUUUAGGGGGGUCAAUCAUUUAGAAAAUAAAUACUACUCGUUAAACAAAAUAUUUUAAUCAGGUCAAUCGUAUUAAUAUAAAAUAAUAUAAUUGACACGUUGUUGAGCAUAUGAUAGAGCUCAGUAUUUGAAUUAUUUAUUUAUUCAGUCAUUAUCUUUAUCAAGGGUGUCAAUAAUUCCAGACCCACUGUAUAUUAUACAGUCAUUAUUAUCUUUAUCAAGGGUGUCAAU